AUGUCCAACCCUUUGCGUAUCUUUGUACCUGUCAAACGCGUCAUUGACUUUGCUGUCAAGGUUCGAGUGAAUCCAGCCAAGACCGAUGUCGAUCGCAGCGUCAAGCAUAGUAUGAAUCCUUUUGACGAGAUUGCUGUGGAGGAAGCUGUCCGUAUCAAGGAGAAGCAGCCCAAGACUGAAGUUGUUGCCGUGUCCUGUGGCACCACCAAGGCACAAGAGACUUUGCGUACGGCCCUUGCUAUGGGUGCUGACCGUGCAGUACACGUUGAGAUCAAGGAUGAUAGCACUUUGCAACCAUUGGCAGUCGCCAAGUUACUUCAAGCUGUUGCCAACAAGGAGGAAAACAAGCCUGAUCUCUUUAUUCUCGGCAAGCAAGCCAUUGAUGAUGAUAGCAACCAAACCGGUCAAAUGUUGGCAGGUCUUUUGAACUGGCCUCAGGCUACUUUUGCUUCCAAGGUCGAGAUUGAAAAUCAAGCUCUCAAGGUGACUCGUGAGAUUGAUGGUGGUUUGGAGACCGUGUCAACCAAGAUGCCAGCUGUUGUUACUACUGAUUUACGAUUGAAUGAACCUCGUUAUGCCUCAUUGCCUAACAUUAUGAAGGCCAAGAAGAAGCCUCUUGUCAAGUUGACUCCUGAAGACCUUGGUGUUGAUAUUUCUCCUCGUUUGCAAACUCUCAAGGUGGAGGAGCCUGCUAAGCGUCAAGGUGGUCGCAAGGUGGAGAGUGUGGAUGAAUUGCUUGAUAAGCUCAAGACCGAAGCCAAGGUGCUUUAA